AUGACUAUUAUUCUCGUCCCUUUCUGUCUUUCCGUCCUGUGUCAGGCGGUUGGAGCAAUCGGAGCACAGAGUAUCUCGGAGCCGGGUACCCAGAUGACCCUCAAGACUUUCCACUUCGCCGGCGUUGCCAGCAUGAACGUAACGCUCGGGGUCCCCCGGUUGAAGGAGAUCAUCAACGCCUCCAAGGACGACAGCAGGACGUCGGCCAGGGUUGUCAAGGCCAAGAUCGAAAAGACCACUCUUGGACAGGUGGCGGUGUACAUGAAGGAGGUGUUCUCCGCUUCGGAGUGCUUUAUCGCCAUAAAGCUGGACAUGCACGCCGUGCAAGACCUGCACCUGGACAUCAACGUUCACACCGUGCGGCACUCGAUCCUCAAGGGCAACUUCGGCGAGACAAGGCCGAGGGUGCUCAGGGACCUCAAGCCGCAGCACGUGGUCAUCUCGGGCGGCGGUCAUAAGGUACAGAGGUUGGUGGCAAAGUUACAUCAGUAA